AAAAGAAAGCUUUGAAUGGUCAAAUCCUUGAUAGUUUGUGUACAGCAUAUUGAGAUAAAGUUUAUGAACAGUCAAAAGUCUGGUACAAUCUUUUCAAAGCAAUGAAUACAAAGAUGUUGUUUUGGAGUCCAAGACAACCAUUUUUUUCACCCAGCUAUUUCUAAGCAUACGUGUUAAUUUAUAAUUAUGCAAUGUCACUUAUAGUAUUAGUUACACAGGAGCCUUGCUCUCGUUACAUAUGUAGUUAUUCAACUUUACUUUCCAGAGUCUUUUUUAAUAGGAUUAUAAUAAGCGACAGUUUUUAGCCUAGAAAAAUAAAACGUUAACGAAUAGACUUAUACACGACCAGAGAUGGAAAAAACAGUAUCACACAUAGACUUUGCUCAAGCUAAAUGCUCACCCGCUUGUUAUGUAAAAAAUUCAAUAUAGUAGCCAAGAAAAGGCACGUAAAGAACGAUAGGUAGAUUUAGGGUAUUUUAUUGCGCUGAUUUUCAAAACUAGACUGAUAAGGAAAAUUUCUAACGGUUAGUACUAAACGUCCCAGGGCUAAAUUGUUCUGAGGAUGUAAUUCAGUUAUAUGAACCCAAAAGAUCUAACAGAUCGAAACUACGUCAAAGAAUCUGAUGGACCAAAUGAUCGACAUACCCUGAAACGAAAUAGAUCUAAAGAAUCUCAAAUGAUUUUAUAAACGCAAAAUAUUUAAAAGAAUGAAGAACUUUACACGUUCGUGCUCUUUAUAAUGCAAUCUACUCUGGCUACGGCCGUAGCAAACUGACGGGUAGAAAAACUUGUCUGCCCAACAAUUGAUAAAUUCUUCUCCACUUAAUUAGACUGAUAAUUUUUUUGGGCCGAUAUCUGCACUGCACUCGAAGCCCGGCGUUGGUCUAUUGUGACUCAAAAGGGAAAAGAGGAAAAUCGCACUAAAGAGGGAUGGCAGAUAUAACCAUUCAAAGCGAAAGACGUUUUGUAUUCCUAAACAAUCAAUGUUUUCACACAACUAUUUCGGAAGAUACGUGUCACUUAUAAAUAUGCAAUUUUUAUGGUGAUUCUUUGAUCUUAAAGAAGCCAAAGAAAACGGUGUUUUCUUUUCGUUCCAGUCUAACAGCAAAUUUCAGCAGGGAAAAUUAGGAAUUUGUUUCAUAUCCCUUUUGACUGGAUUUUUAUCCGUCUAGGCUAUAUAUUAAUACUGUCUGUAAACCACCUUUGUUAUCCCGGAAGCAGCAAUGAAGCUUGUGGCUUUGGUUCUAACGGCUUGUAUUUUGGCUCUCUGUGGUGGUGGUGUUCACACAAGCUCGGUUAAGGAUAUAGCCUCCCACGAUGACAUGUGCAUGGAGUUACUGGAGACUGCCUCCUAUGAAACACACACUCUUAUGGAGAUCAUCUACGAGUCAGCCUGCCCGCCUAAAGGAUGGGAAGAAUUCUUCAACCGAGAAGACGUCAAGGAAAUGAUGCAAGGAAUCUCCGAUCGCCUCAUGAAUGACUCUCAAAUCCAAGGGUUUGGACUAAAUCCAAAAAUAGGAUGGAUUUUCAGAGCAUUUAAUAUGGUCCCUCCUGACAAAGUGAAGGCCAUAAUCAUGGGUCAAGAUCCAGCUCCUCAACCCGGGCUAGCAACAGGGCUCUCUUUUAGUCUAGAUCCCUCGGUACAUCCCCGACUUGUCCAGAGCGUCUUGAGGGUGGUCCUUGAGGCUCGAAAUGAAGGUUACUGUGUUAAUACUACCCAGGGUGUUUUGAUAAAAUGGGCUAAGCAGGGUGUUCUUUUGUUAAAUACAGCCUUAACUUUAGUUGAGAACAAGAUUGGCUCGCACAUAAAACUGUGGAGAGAAUUUAGCCGAGAAAUGAUGAAGUUCAUCAACGAGAAAACCAAUCCAUCAGUUUGGAUUCUCUGGGGUAGCAAAGCAAAAGACCUGAAAAGCAAAAUCGAUAAAAACAAGCACUAUAUUGUGGAGGGGGGGCACCCAUCACCCAGGGCGCCUGCCGAGAAGUUCUUUUGUCAGAAUUAUUUCUCCUGUGCUAACGAGUGGCUGUGUAAGAAAGGGCGUGGUAUGAUCGAUUGGAACCUAGUUCCUCUGCCCUGCAAGAAGCAUGCUAGUCGCUUGUUUGGCUGGAAGAAAUCAGAACCAGGCUUCUACAAUAAAGAGGAAUGUGAAAUGCAACCCUGUCCUGCAUUUUAAAAUUAGAUCAACCAAGUGCACCAAUUACACGAGUAAUGCAUGAAAGAGUAUGGAUAAAUGGGUCUGAAUUAUAAUGCUAAGGGAAAAUAUUAUGCAAAGAUGCCUUUUACUUGUAUCAAUGAUCUGAACUUUUAAUGGCGAUGAAUUUAUAGAAUGUAAGCAAAUAAAGUGACAAGGAAUGCAUAAA